AUGCUUCUCCGAUUACUGUCAGAUGUCCGGUGGCGGGCGGCUAACCCGAAAUGGAGAAGAAUGACCUGCUCCUGGCGAAGUACCUCAAGUACAGCAGAACCUCACCCGGUUUCCUUGCCAGCACAGGCGCAGGUUGUCAUCUGUGGUGGUGGAAUCAUGGGCACCUCCGUGGCAUAUCACCUUUCCAAGAUGGGUUGGAAGGAUAUAGUCUUACUUGAGCAGGGCAGAUUGGCAGCUGGUACCACUCGCUUCUGUGCUGGCAUCGUGAGCACAGCCAGGCACACAUCCAUAGAGCUGAAGAUGGCAGACUAUUCAAACAAACUCUACCAGCAGCUGGAACAAGAGACAGGAGUAAAAACAGGGUACGUGAAGACAGGCUCUGUUUCACUGGCUCAGACUCAGGAUCGACUAAUCUCUCUGAAACGCAUUGCUUCAUCGCUGAAUGUAAUGGGGAUACCUUGUGAAAUUAUCACCCCAAAGCAAGUGGCACAGCUCCACCCACUGAUCAACAUCCAUGACCUUGUGGGGGCCAUGUAUGUGCCAGAAGAUGCACUCGUGUCAUCUGCCAAUGUGAGUCUGGCUCUGGCAACCGCUGCCUCACGGAACGGUGUCCAGAUUCACGAACGAACGAGUGUCAGUCAUGUCUCAGUCCAGAAGGGUCGCGUGGCUGGAGUCGAGACUGACAGAGGACAGAUUCAAUGCCAGUACUUCGUCAACUGUGCUGGCCAGUGGGCCUAUGAGUUGGGCCACUCUGGGGAGGAACCAGUCAAUAUCCCACUCCAUGCCUGUGAACACUUCUACCUCCUGACACAUCCUUUGAAGGAACCUCUGGCAAGCAACUUACCAACUAUUGUAGACCCAGACGGCAGGAUCUACAUACGCAACUGGCAAGGUGGCAUCCUUUCGGGAGGCUUUGAGAAAAACCCCAAACCUCUUUUCACGGAGGGACGGAACCAGCUGGAGAUUCAGAACCUUCAAGAAGACUGGGAUCAUUUUGAGCCACUUCUGAGUGCCCUUCUGCGCAGGAUGCCGGAUUUGGAGACUCUGCAGAUUAUGCAGUUAGUGAAUUGCCCAGAGUCCUUCACGCCAGACAUGCGGUGCAUCAUGGGAGAGUCACCCACCGUGCGGGGCUACUUCGUUCUGGCUGGCAUGAACUCAGCGGGUGUCUCAUAUGGUGGGGGAGCAGGCAAAUACCUGGCAGAGUGGAUGGUAAAUGGGUACCCAUCAGAAAAUGUCUGGCCUCUGGAUUUGAAACGUUUUGGUACCCUUCAGAGCAGUCGCACUUUUCUCCGUCACCGUGUGAUGGAAGUAAUGCCCCUCAUGUGUGAUCUGAAGGUUCCCCGCUGGGACUUCCAGACAGGCAGGCAGCUGCGUACUUCACCACUGUACGACCGUCUGGAUGCACAGGGAGCUCGGUGGAUGGAGAAGCACGGAUUUGAGAGAGUCAAGUAUUUUGUCCCACCUGGGAAAGAUCUGCUGGAUUUGGAUCAGAGCAAAACCUUUUACAAACCAGACUGGUUUGAUAUUGUGGGUUCCGAAGUCAAGUGCUGUAAGGAAGCAGUUUGUGUCAUUGACAUGUCGUCUUUUACAAAGUUUGAAAUCAGCUCGACGGGAGACCAGGCCCUGGAGAGUCUGCAGUAUCUCUUCUCGAAUGACCUGGAUGUGCCGGUUGGGCAUGUUGUGCAUACAGGCAUGCUUAACGAGAAAGGAGGUUAUGAGAAUGACUGCAGCAUCGCACGAUUGAGCAAACGCAGCUUUUUCAUGAUUUCCCCGACUGACCAACAAGUCCAUUGCUGGGCCUGGCUGAAGAACCGCUUGCCUGAUGACAGCAACCUGACCAUGGAAGACGUGACCUGGAAGUACACGGCUCUCAAUCUGAUCGGUCCCCGUGCUGUGGAUGUCCUGUCAGAGUUGUCAUAUGCCCCGAUAACUCCAGAACACUUUCCCUCGCUCUUUUGCAAGGAGAUGAGCGUGGGCUAUGCUAACGGCAUCCGUGUGAUGAGUAUCACUCACACAGGAGAACCUGGAUUCAUGCUUUAUAUCCCCAUAGAGUACGCCCUUCACGUGUACAAUGAGGUGAUGAACAUGGGACAGAAGUACGGGAUUCGGAACGCCGGUUAUUACGCGCUCCGCAGCCUGCGCAUUGAGAAGUUCUUUGCGUUCUGGGGCCAGGAUCUGGAUGCUUUUACCACUCCUAUGGAGUGUGGACGCGAGUUCCAGGUCAAGCUGGAAAAGGGAAUGCAGUUUGUUGGCCAGGAAGCACUGUUGGAACAGAAGCAGAACGGUGUGUACAAGCGCUUUACCAUGUUCAUUCUUGAGGACCAUGACACAGAUACGGACCUCUGGCCCUGGUGGGGGGAACCCAUUUUCCGCAACGGCCGCUACGUGGGCAAGACCACCAGCAGCGCCUACAGUUACACUCUGGAGCGCCACGUCUGCCUCGGCUUCGUGCAGCACUUUGACGAGCAGACGGGAGAAGAGCUGGUGGUGACAACUGACUUCAUCAACCAGGGCGAGUACGAGAUCGACAUUGCUGGGCAGCGCUUCCAGGCCAAAGCCAAGCUCUACCCCUUCAGCUCCCUCUUUGCGCACCGUCGCCGCAAGGAUGAGGUGGAACUGAGCGGCUACCAGAGGGAGUAGCGCUAACUAGACCUGACCCGCUCUUUUUCCCAAGCUGGAAUCUUCUGCCAUCAUCUUCCAGUCCUCUCUCCUCACCCCAUGUAUUUUUUUUUUCCUUUUCCUUUCUUGUCUUGCAACUUUUAAACUUUUUCCAGUGUGUUACAUUUUGUAUAUUUUAAAACUUUAAUUUUCAAGCUUUCCCCAUCCUGUCUGUCUCCCUCCCUCAACCCUUUGCUUGCCAGGCCCUGUGCCCCAGUGGAUGAAGCACAGUGCUGA